UGAUUUGUUUUCUUUUUUUAAAGUUGUGAUUUAAGCUAUUGGCCAAAUUGUAGCCAGUGCAUUCAGCAAAAUGCAAACGAAAUAUACUAAUUAUCAAUAGUGGCGCAAUCGCGAAACUCAAAUCCUUUCGACAAAUUUCCCAGCUACCUUUCAACAACCAAAAAAACAAAAUAUCUCAGCGGCAUGGAUGCCCCCACUCAGUCGAUAUACCCGCAUUCCGCAACGCUUUUCGCUGCCAUCUGUGCCUGCGUAUUUGUGACCAUCGGCGUGUUUGGCAAUCUGAUAACACUGCUGGCUCUUCUGAAGAGUCCGACGAUACGGGAGCAUGCGACAACUGCCUUUGUCAUAUCUCUGAGCAUAUCGGAUCUAUUAUUCUGCUCUUUCAGUCUGCCCCUGACAGCCGUUCGGUUCUUUCAGGAGAGCUGGACAUUCGGGACGACGCUGUGCAAGAUCUUUCCCGUCAUCUUCUAUGGUAAUGUGGCGGUCUCUUUACUCAGCAUGGUGGGCAUUACACUCAAUAGGUAUAUACUCAUCGCCUGCCAUAGCCGAUAUUCACAGAUUUAUAAGCCGAGGCUAAUAACGCUGCAGCUGGUCUUCGUUUGGGCAGUUUCCUUUCUGUUGCUGUUACCACCGAUUCUGGGCAUAUGGGGCGAGAUGGGCCUGGAUGAGACCACGUUUUCGUGUACGAUACUGAAGAAGGAUGGCAAAUCGAUUAAGAAGACGUUGUUCAUAAUUGGUUUCCUGCUGCCCUGUGUGGUUAUACUUGUCUCCUAUUCCUGCAUCUAUAUAACUGUACUUCAUCAGAGGAAGAAGAUACGCAGUCAUGACAAUUUUCAAAUUGGCGCCUCAGCCGCCGCUGCCAAGGCGGCUGGAUCAGCAUCUGGAUCAUAUGUGGCUACAGUGAGCACUCGCAAAGCGCGCGAGGAUAAUCGCCUCACUGUGAUGAUGGUCACCAUAUUCGUUUGCUUCCUCAUCUGUUUCCUGCCCCUGAUGCUGGCCAAUGUGGUGGAUGAUGAGCGCAACACCUCAUAUCCCUGGCUGCACAUCAUUGCCUCUGUAAUGGCCUGGGCCUCCAGCGUCAUCAAUCCGAUUAUCUAUGCGGCCAGCAAUCGUAACUACAGGGUCGCCUACUACAAGAUAUUCGCAUUACUCAAAUUUUGGGGUGAGCCGUUAUCGCCGAUGCCAAGUAAAAACUAUCACCAAAGCAAAAACUCAAAGGAAUUAUCGGGCGUUAUUCGCAGCACGCCAUUGUUUCAUGCUGUUCAGAAGAAUAGUAUUAACCAAAUGUGCCAAACAUAUUCAGUAUGAGUCUUUUGUAUUCGAAUUUUGCAAUACGACAUUAACUACUUAUUAAAAUAUACAAUUUUUUUAAAUU